AUGUCCAAUUCAAUCGUUAUCAACGGUCGUAGCGUGGCUCUGAGCCACGAUCUUGAUUCUUCGAGCACAAACUACAUCAUCCUGCGCACCAAAGGGGAGCCGCUGAGAAAAUCCCAAAAAGCGAAGCUGAAAGAGUUGGGUGUCACCGUUUAUGAGUUUGUAGGCGACGAAAGCGAUCAAGUCUAUCUCUGCGGAUUCAAAGAAGACUCCUUGGAGCAGAUCAACAACCUGGAUUUUGUUGACUACGUUGGCAUAUAUGCGGACGACUUUGUUGUACCGGAAGAGUUGCAGGCGGAUGCUCAUGCUGCGACAGUGAAUGUGGAUGUUCUGUUGCAGCGUGACGUGGACGAAGUCUCUGAAGAAUUGAUUGAAAAAAUUGCUGAAGCGGCUGGUGUGAAUCCAGAAGACAUCAUCUUGGAAGACGGUGGAAUACAGAUCGAAGUCGAGGCUGAUAAGCUGGAGAAGAUUGCGGCGCUAGACGAAGUUCGCGUCCUUCAUACCAUCAAUGAACCUGUCUUGUUUAACAAUGUAGCCCGCCGUAUCUUGAAUUUUGGUGACGAUGAUCGGGAUGUUGAUGAUGCAGCAACGGCUCAAAAUACCGUGUAUACAGGCAAAGGUCAGAUUGUAUGCGUGGCAGAUACAGGCCUGGACAAAGGUAGCAAUACAGAUGUUCACGAAGCGUUCUCUGGCCGAAUCAAGCAUCUCUUCGCCUGGGGUCGUGCCGAGAGUGACCUUGCUGAUGAUCUCGACGGUCAUGGCACUCAUGUAUGCGGGUCAGUUUUGGGCAAAGGAAUGCACAAUUCUCAGGGUUUGGUUCAAGGAACGGCGCCAGCGGCCGACUUGAUCGUACAAUCGCUGUUCAGCGGAUUUAAUGCGUUGAAUCAAGCCCGUUUGGGAGGUAUUCCCAAGACCAACUUGGUUCCACUAUUUGAUCAGGCCUACCAGGCUGGCGCUCGAGUGCAUACAAAUUCAUGGGGCUCCCCGUUGCCCGCGACAAAGAUCCAGCGGCCGUACGACGGCAGAGCAGAAAGCAUUGAUCUCUUCGUCUGGGAGCACCAGGACAUGACCAUUCUGUUCGCAGCUGGUAAUGAUGGUCAAGACGCCGAUUUAGAGGGAAAAUUGGAUGGAACAGUUAAUCCUCAGUCAUUGGGCGCUGAAGCAUCGGCAAAGAACUGUAUUACCGUUGGAGCAACGGAAAACUAUCGGCCUGACCUCACGUCAGGAGACGAAAAUCGUCCAUACACAUAUGGUGGUUUCUGGUCCAAGCGCUUUGCCAUGAAUCCGCUUCGUGAUGAUCACAUGGCAAACAACUCAGAAGGAUUAGCCGCAUUCAGCAGUCGUGGACCAACGACAGAAGGAAGACUAAAGCCAGAUAUUGUGGCGCCUGGUACAGCAAUUCUUUCCGCACGGUCUCAGAGACAAAAGUUCUCGGCCAGAGUCGAUCAGACGGGGAAAUCUGGAGACAAUAAGUACAUGUAUUUAUCUGGAACGAGCAUGGCCACCCCGCUUGUAGCUGGGUGUUGUGCCGUUCUUCGUGAAGCGCUUCUGGCAAAUGGUUAUCGUGAUGAACGACCGGACGGAGUCAAGAAUCCCACGGGAUCGUUGAUCAAGGCGCUUUUGAUCAAUGGAGCGGUUCCUAUCAAGGGGCAAUAUAUGCCGGAGGGUGCCAACGAGGCACAUAACUCGCACUCUGGGUUUGGAAGAGUCGACCUUGCUGGAUCAUUACCAAUGCUCAAUGGCGCAUACUCGGGAUAUGGCGUUGGUGUUGCUGAUGAAGAUGACAAGGCUCCAUUCAUGCUGGAAAUCCCAGUACCAGAGCUCAAAGACAAAAAGACCACAGCUCAGAUUGGGAAACCACAGUGGACCUUCAAAAUUACCCUCGUAUAUGCAGACUUGCCGGGAGGUAAGCUCCAAAAUGAUCUUAACCUGACCGUGAUUCUCGAUGGGUACGAAUACCAUGGGAACCAACCCAACUGCAAAUUUUCCGUUGGCUCAAUGGAAGCUUUUGAUCGCCAUAAUAACAUUGAACAAGUUGUUCUGCCAAUAGUCUCCAAUGAAACAAUCCGGAUUAUAGUCAAACCUUUCCGUUUUAUGAGUGACUCCGUGCCUUUUGCGUACGCCUGGAGGUUUAUUUGA